AUUUUUAUUGCUCAGUAAAUAGCGUGAAAGACUAGUGCAGGUUUGACUAAUAAAAUAUUCCACCUUCUGUCCCUCAUUCGAUUAAAUUUCAACGAUGAAAGCAGUUCGGAACAAUUAUUUGGUGAAACUAUUGUGUGAAUAAUAAUUCUUAAAAAUCAUAAAAACAUGGCCCAGGAUGAUGAUAUCUCCUGGUACCACGGAAAACUGUCCCGUGAAGGGGCUGAGAAUCUCCUGAGAAGGGGAAAUGAGGAUGGCAUGUUUUUGGUGAGAGAGAGCAGCACGUCAACAGGUGACUACGUGCUCUCUGUUCUGCACAACCAGGAGGUGAUUCACUAUCAAAUUCGUAAACACGGGGAGGACGCCUUCUUCUCGAUUGAUGACGAGACCACAAUACAUGGCCUGGACACCUUGAUAGAGUACUACCAGGAGGACAACCAUGGACUUGAGAUUAAAUUGCAGAAGCCCUGCAGAGGCCUUCUGCCUCCUCAUGACACGCGAAGACAUGGCAGAACUAAUUUGCUGCACAGAGCUACAAUGCAGGGAAAUUAUACGAUAGUGUCAGAGCUUUUAAAAUGCGGAUACAGAAGUCUGGAAGCCAAGAAUGAACUCGGCCAGACGGCAGUACACCUGGCAGCCAAAGACGGUGCUGAUGAUAUUCUGAAGAAGCUCAUCGAGAGCAAAGCCAGUGUCAACUGUCGAGAUUCCGCUGGGUACACUCCUCUUCACUACGCAUGCCAAAGUAAUCUUCCUAAUACCGUUAGAAUUCUCAUAUUGGGUGGAGCCAAUGUCCAAGCAAGACACACAGAAACAGGAAUGGUGCCCCUGCACGAGGCGGCGAGUGCGGGACAACGAGAGGUGAUAAAAGUCCUUCUUUCUAUGAACGCUCCUGUGCACCCUCGCACCCUGGCGGACGAUAUCCCCGAGAGUUUAGCUCGUCGAAACGGCCACACGGACUGUAUGAAGCUUCUACGUGACUACGAAGCCCCAGCGCCUAAAGAAAAAAAGACCUCCUGGUACCAUGGAACACUGGACCGGACAGAAGCAGUCGCCCUUCUCCAUAAACACGGUGACAAAGAGGGCAGCUUUCUGGUUCGCUUCAGCGACCGUCGCGGGGGUACCUACGUCCUCACAGUGAGCUACCAUCGUCAGGACUAUCACUUUCAAAUCCAAAAGAAAAAUGAUCUCCUGUUUAUCGAUAACGGACCUUACCUUGCGUCCCUGGAGCACGUGGUGGAGCACUACAGGUGCAUGCCGGAUGGUCUCCCAGGGCCCCUGGUGCAUCCCAUCCCUCCGGACCCGAGGCCUCCAGUGCCCGAGAUGCCACCUUCGAUCUUCAACGGGAAUACUCUCGGCAGAAAGCACUCUGAGGGCGGGCAUCAGUCGGCCGAUGGAUCUUAUCUCAGGAACAUCGCGUUUGACAUGGGAUUCAGUGCACCAGCACCUCCAGCAGUAGGUCCAGACCCCGAGGCCCGUCCAUCCAACAGUUGUCAAGACUUCAUCCCUGGGGAGAACCUUAUCCUUGGAGAGGUCCUGGGUGAGGGAGAGUUUGGGGCGGUGUACGAGGGCGUCCUUCAGAGUUCCCGGGGAAUUCAAGAACCAGUCGCCAUAAAAACCCUCAGGGAUACUCACAGUAUUGUCACGAGAGAGGAGUUCCUGCGGGAAGCCAGGCUCAUGAUGACUUUCGAUCAUCACUGCAUUGUCAAGCUCAUUGGCUUCUCCGAGGGGCCGCCCCUACUGAUGGUCCAGGAACUGGUGCCACUGGGGUCAAUGCUGGCGUAUCUCCUGGAAUUCCCUGACAGAAUCAGUACCACUUAUGAGCUCAAGAUCUGGGCCGCACAGAUUGCUUCUGGUAUGAAGUACCUGGAAGAGUUGAGGCUCGUUCACAGAGAUCUUGCUGCUAGGAAUAUUCUUCUUGCCUCCAGGCAUCAAGCUAAGAUCAGCGAUUUUGGGCUGUCGAGGAGCUUUGGCUCCAGUGAUUAUUACAGGGCAACGCAGGGGGGCAAGUGGCCCAUCAAGUGGUAUGCACCGGAAUCGUAUAAUUUUGGGACUUUCUCACAUGCCAGUGAUGUCUGGAGCUUUGGGGUCACACUUUGGGAGAUGUUUUCCUAUGGGGACCAGCCUUACGGGGAUCGUCGAGGGGUUGAUGUGAUACAACUAGUUGAGAAAGGAGAACGUUUGCAAAAACCAGAAGACUGUCCCGACCACAUCUAUGAAGUGAUGAAUAGAUGCUGGUCCUACACUCCCCAGGAUCGUCCGACCUUCUGUGAGCUCUUCGACAUAUUCUCCACUAACCCUGACUACGCUAAUCUCAGAGAUCUCGACCCCAACGUUGACAUCAGUUAGUCACAGCUCCGCAAAUGAAACAUUUAAUUGUGUUAAUUGAAAAAAAAACCAGGAGACAUUUUCUAAAAAUCAAUCAUUCCAAUUAAAUUCCGCCAAACUGUGCCAUGAAGAAACAAUUCGUUGGUUCAUUUUAUUCCGACUGUAAAUAUAUGAUAAUUUCAAUUUUACAAGAUAUAUGAUCAUUAAAUAAUUGAAUUCAUCUAAAA